GAGAGGCAGGCAAUUGUUGUCCACAAGGUUUACCUACUGUGAACAAACGGGAAAGGCUAUUAUGUUAAUGACUAUGUUUCUUUCAGAUGUAGAUUAGUUGUGUGAAUGCUGAAAUUGUGUUUACUCAAUAAUGUUGGUCGGCUACAGCAGCAGCUCGGACGAUGAAAUUGAAGCUGGUGGUGAAGAUGCGGACAUAACUGGUGACACGAAAAGUGCAAAAUAUAAUGAAAAGUCUCGGCAGGACACGGAUGACGACGACUGCCCGUCGACGAAAAAGCAGAAAAGUGAUGAAAUGUAUCCUACAACAAGACUGCCUAUCCCUGGUUGUUUACUCGCCAUGUUUCCAGACGAUGUGGACCCACAGGACGAGGACAGCUUGCUGCAUGGUGGCCGUGUUCGCUCUUUUAAACACGAGAGAGGAAACUGGGCCACCUAUGUUUAUUUUCCAUACCAACCUGAAGAGAAGUUUGAGGAGAUGAUGGAAGAGCUUCUUUCGACAUCAGCUGCCUUUGGAGUGAUUUUGACCCCACAAGAGGAACUCCAUCUCAGCCUCUCUCAGACAGUGGUGCUAAAACACCACUGGAUCCUGCCCUUCACACAGAGCCUCAAGGCAGGCCUGUCCCGCUGCAAAAGGUUUGUGUGCUCAGCAAGCAGACUGAAGGUCUAUUGUAACGCUGAGAAGACAAGGACAUUCCUAGGGAUGGAAGUGCUAAAUGGACACGCUCACUUACUGGAUCUGAUCCGAGUGGUUGAUGAAACAAUGACAGAAUUUCACCUGGAUACUUUUUAUCAGGAUCCAUCUUUCCACGUGAGCCUGGCCUGGUGUGUUGGGGACUUCACUGUGCAAUUGAGGAAGCGCCUUCAAGAGCUUCAGGUGCUGUGGAAUCCAAUUGAAGUGGAGUUACAUACCUGUAUAUCACGGGUGAUGAUCUUUGAAUGUUCUUUCAUUGCUCAGAAUGUGGUUGACAAUCAUGAAGAGGGGCCGUAUUAUCUGUGCUUAGACUGUACAGAACUGCGCUGCCGCACAGGAAACAAGACUUUCAGAUUUUCUCUGGAUACAAAGCAGUACCAAGGACCACCAAACAAAUAGGGACGAGGGAGUUUUGUGAUGUUAUUUUUUUACACCUUGCAGUAACACCUAAUCUACCACCAGAAAUAACCAAUAAAGUAUAAUCUUUUUAAGA